AUGAAAUCCUCGAACUCCCCGGCAGAAUCUCGUCGUCUCCUUGAUUUUGUUCCGUCAAUAAGACCAUCGUUUCUUUCUGUUGUAUUAGUUUUCGUUUGCGGAUGUCUCUGGGUGAAGAAUGAAACAACAAACGAACGACUGAUAGCGCUGGAAUCUCGCGUUAACCUUUUCCCCAGUGUUAAGAGUGUCUCGACUGAAAAUACUGACAGGAUAUCGCUUUCACCGACAGAAGUUACAGCAAGAGAUCUUUAUAAGAAGGUUCAGACACAUGUAUCCGAAAGGAUCGGUUAUACACCAGGUAAAAACUUCACUUAAGAUGUUAUUUAGAUGCAGAUACAUGUUUAGAACUGGGUUUUAAUCUCUUUUGAUUUAGGCGUAUAACCUUUCAUAGUCUGUCUGGGAGCGAGUUUGCGCUUAUACACGGGUUCUUUUCAUAACAGAAUUGAGUUUUUAACUUCAUCAACUAACACUGUAUGAAUCCUUUUGUGAUAUAUACUCUCACUCUUUUGUAAUACUGCUUAGAUAUUCACUAAGACGCCUACACUGGUAAAACAAUAAAAAAAUGUACGGUGUAAAUGAUUUUCAAUUCAUAGCUUAAGUGUCGAACGACCAGCCAGCCAGGUCUAAAAACGACUAUGGAGUUUAGAGGUUUGCAUGGUGAGAAAACGGGUGUGGAAAAUUGGUCUCAAAUAGCCCUCUCUGAAUCCCUGAAAAUUGUUAGGGUGGCGUAAAAUUUGAGAUAUUUGUAAAUGCCCCUAAAGGCGUUCGGUUAAGGAGUCUUAGGGCCUGCCGGCUUACUUGAUAAAACUUCGAUAGGGUGGCAACAGGGCUUGAAAUAAUGGCCGGUCAACGGACAAUUUCCGGUCAAAAAUAGGAUUUGUCCGGUCAAAUCCUUUGAUAGCCGGACAUUUUCUUGGCUUCUAAUGUAAUUCAGACGUUCACUUUUUUAAAAAAUACGAUUGGUCAAGAUUGGACAUUAUUGACAUUAUUGACGUUCGUGAAGGAAAAAAAAAGUGGGGGGAGAGAGAGAGAAAAAGGCGGCCAGAUCAAGAACUUUUAUAACAUAAACGUUCAUAACACAGGGCCUCUGAUAGGUCGCAGAAAAAAAGUCAAAUUUCGAGGAAUGUUUUAGAGACAAAUUCGCGGAUAAAACGGCCGAUUUAGCGAAAUUUCGACGAAAAACUCGAAAAAAAAUUCGCCCAAAAACGAUCGUUAAAAAAAGCCAAUUGCGCGGAAAUUUUUUAGGCAAAUUUCGCUAGAAAGCGAUCGGUUUUGCGCUGAUUUUUCUCUUUUUUUAAGAAACAAAACGGCACUUGUCCCUUUCUUGGGGGGAUGGGGGGCGCGACGGAGGGGGGCAAUGAUGAGCGUCAGCCUACGCAAUAACAACAAGGACAGAAAUAUCGACUACUUAUAAUUGUUGCCUUUUAAAAACCGGCGAUUUUGUGCUCAAAACCCCUGCUUGCCUUGCGAUGUCGUUUGGACUUAUAAUUUCCUCACACGGUUUUCUUUUUAUCAGAUAUCAUCAUUUGCGCUUUUAACAACAAUUAGCUCAGAAAUGCGCCCAUGCCAAAGCUUCUUAAAUAUAUGAUGCACUGGCCAGUGGCCAGCGCCCAGCUUUAUGGCUAACAUAAAUGGAAGUGACAUAGAUGUUUUCGUAAACGGAAAACAGCUCAGUAAUGUGGAUUGUGCUACCUUAUUAGGCGUAGAAAUCGACAGCAAAUUGUCAUUUAAUGAACAUAUUGAGAAAGUAUGUAAAAAGUUGGCCUCUAGAAUCGCAAUACUGCGUAAGAUUCGAGCCUGUCUAUUAUUCGCCCUGUUAUGUCUUACGCUAACGUUGUUUGGGCAAAUUGCAAUAAAGAGUCGGUUUAUAGGGUCUUAAGAUUGCAAAAACGUGCGGCACGCGUUAUUUCUUAUGCCGAUCGCAUGACACCAUCAAUUGCUUUGUUUAACAAGCUAGGUUGGAUUCCGUUUUAUGAGCAACACAAGAUAGAUAAAUGAAUAAUAAUGUAUAAGCGAAAUUAAUGGGUAUUUGCCGAAUUAUCUAAAUGAACACUUAAUUUUGAAUAAUAAGCGGCACUCCCGCAACACUAGAUAUUCAAGCAUUAAUGCUGUUUGUCCUAAAUAUAGAAGAGAAACAGAGAGAGGACGCUCUUUCUCUGUUUCGGCAACAAGACUGUGGAAUAGUACACCAAUCGAAAUUAGGAAACUAGAUUCUGUAGCAUGUUUUAAAAAGAACAUGUUUGCCAAGAUUUUUAAGGAGCAACAAUGUUUGCAUCAUUUUAUCAUUUAAUAUAUAGAGAUUACUUCAUGGUUGGUGAGUGCGUACGAUUUUUAUUCACGAGUUGUGAAGAAUCGAAAACGAACGAGUGAGCGCAGCGAACGAGUGAAUAAAAAUCGUACAAGCGAACCAACCAUGAGGUAAUUUGUUUAUUAUAUAUGUACUGAGAUAUUACAAAAUAAUGUUAACAACUAUCAAUUGCGCGGUGAAAUCAACACAAAGACCACAACGAGUUGCGAAUGAUUUUAUUCGAGCAAACUGAACGUACAAAACUUCCUACAACAUUAAAGUUAUUCAAUGACUCUGAAGAAAGUGGAACAAAGUCUACUUUUAAACGAUUCUUUAACUUUAAAUAACAAUGAAAAUUUUCAGCUUUAAAUAUCGCCGUUCAAAACCGUAACUAAGAUAUAAAAUUUGAAAAAGUUGACUGUUUUGUAAAUCUAAUUAUAGUAAUGCAUGCACUCUAAUCAGAGUCAGAGUCCAGUACUUUUAGCCUUUUGUACCUCUUUGGAGAAGACUUUACCUCAACUUCUUGGAUUGCCAACUUCGGGGAUUGAUUGAGGCUGUUAAUAGAAAUGCUGAAUUGACCUCCAUGAAUAACAGCGCCCGUGAAAAGCGACAUCGCUUGUUGGUGAUGAUCUGCCGCCGAGCGACCCGCCGAGCUAGCUGAAGGAUCAGUGGAGCAUUCUCCAACUUGAGAUGAAUUAGUUUUCUCUAAGCUAUGCACAUUCCCGGACAUCAGUUCACUUAAAGUACGAGACAUUUUUACUUGCUGUUUUUCAGAAACUACAGAAUAAUUUGUCACACUUUGAAGAUUUUUAUGUCCCGACAGUUGAAUAAUAUCUGUCGCUGGGAUGUCGUUGUUUGUUAAAGUUUGGAUCAUUGUUUUGCGACCGCUAUGGUUCUUUACAUUGGGCCCCAGCCCGGCUUUUUCUGCCAUUUUUUUCAUUAACGAAUUCAGCUUGUUCACGCCAACGGCUGACUUUUUAAACCAUGGUUUAGAAGAAUCUUGUUUUUUACAGUUAUUUACUGCUAGAUAAAAUGGCGCGUUGUUGUCGUUCAUUUCCGACGGUCUUUUCUCCGCGUAGAAUUUGUAAACAGUGACGGGAUCUCUUUCACUUCCCUGAACCGAAAACAUUUUCGGUUUUAUUUUCCUGACAUCUCUGGGAUUUUCUCCGGUUCGAGUCUUAGUUUGUCUCUCAGUAUACUCUCAAAAUUCCUCGCCAUUUGUAGUUUGGCGUAGUUGCACAUCGCCCCAACACAUGUCUCUGUGUUCCUUACAACCACGGAGACCGAAAUAGACUGUGUUGUUGAACCAAACUGUAUUCAGUAGAGCCUCAGGAGUUGACUUUCCUAACAAUCCUUUGUCAUACAGCAGUUUUAUGUCGUCUUCUGUGAGGGGAACUGAAGCGUUUGGUUUAUCGCCUUUGCCUUUCUUCUUGAGAUCUCUUUGUUUUGAUUUUAAUGCCGUUCGUGCUUUUUCAAACUCGACGUCUCUCAUAAUGCUGUAGCCGUAAUUCUUCUUCUUUAAAUACCGUUCAAAACUGGCCAUCAUAGCACGCAAGGAAGUGGGUUCGUAAUCUUCGUUGUUUUCUUUCUUUCUUACUGUUAUGAUAAAUUCGCUGAUGAAUGAACUCAGUUCGUGUGGGGGAAUUUCUUCUACAGGCCUUGACUCAUCUUUUAGCCUCAAAAACUCCUUAAGCAAAGCAACAUUCUGUUCAGUUUUCUUCCUGGUGUUUUCGUUUUCUUGUCCUUCAAUAAAUUCCUCUACUGAAGUUAUAUCUGCAAACGUUGAAUUGCUCGAAGAAGACGCCAUGGUUUUCCUUUUGCCUAGUGACGCCGUCAGUGAAAGGCGGGAAAAUCGAUACGAUUUUUGUCACUAGUGAAAACUUUCGUCUGCGGGUUGUGAUUGGUCAUACGGUAUUUUUCACUAGUGAGAAAAAUCGUACAACCAAUCAGAUUGCGUGUACUCUGCAUUUUUAUUUGACAUAUUCAUUUUGCAGUAAAUCUCAGUACAUAUAUAAUAAAUAUAUAUAUUUUUUAUAUAUAUAAAAAUCGAAUCUUGUUUUAUUUUAAAUGUUUAUAUAUUUUAGCUUACAAUAUUUAUUAGAUUGUAAAUAGUUGUGUAUUUUAUGAGGGCCACAAGUUUAUUAGCCUUUGGCUAUUAGGUGCUACCCUCUUUAAAUAAAGGCUUUACUUACUUACUUACUAUGGCAAUAAUAAUCUAACAACACCUGGUACGUUUGGGACGUUUUCUCGUUGCAGUGACGAAGUCUCAAGAUAAAUUUGCAAGUAUUUGGCGAAAACAGCCCCAUUAACCGAGAUAAGUCUCAAAUACGUUGAAUUGACAUGUAUUUAGUAAGAUUUCUACUGAAUUUCGAGAGAUUUCGCGGAUUUACCCGAAUUUCGCGGCUCUGGGACCGCGCGAAAUCUCAGAUGCCCUGCGCGGCGCGGAGGUAACGGUGGGUUUUUAUUUUCCGCGAGUUAAAAACUUAAAUCGUCACCGCAAAUUCAGGAGUAGGUUGUGUAGUGUUGUAAAUUAAAGUGUUUUUAUAAUAGUCCGCAUGUAUUUUACUGUAAAGUGCGAUCAGAUAAUCCUAUAGAUGAAAGACAUUUGUCCGGUUAAGAACGGGUUGUGUCCGAGCAAAAUUAGGUUUGACUGGACAACUUGACCGGUGCCAGCGGGAAAAUUAUUUCAACGUUUAUUAAACGGUCUCAGUUGGUUAGAAAUGUGUGCGUUGAUCUAGAAAUCUGGAAUGUCAGCUUGGCUUUCCCUAAGGAAGCAGCAAAGAAGAGGUGUGGGGACAAAUUAAAAAGUUGUUAACCUUGUUGUUGAACGCAACCUCUAAAACGUUUAAUUUUAUGUGAGAAAUGUCAACCUUAUCAUUCAUUCCGUUGAUUUUUUCGUUAUAUUUUUCCCCUUAUUUAUUUAUAUGUUAAUCACUGGAUAUUAAAAAAUUUCUUAAUCUUACCUUACUGCAGUCAGUCCGUUAUCAAAAGAGGCAUCAGCAACAAUGCGGUUAAGAAAGCGAAGAAACGUUUUGAACGACACUUCAACUGUCACCAUACAUGAAGUGAGACAAGAAAUCAGCAAACAGUUUGAACAACUUAUGCCCACCAAGUACUGUAAGUCAAGUGAGAAAGUAUGUCCUGCAGGUUCCCCCGGAUAUCCUGGUCAAACUGGAGCGAGAGGACCACGUGGCAGGAGGGGACCAAAAGGAAAGAAAGGUCCUCAAGGUCCCAUGGGACCUCCUGGAAAAUCCGGAAAAAUAGGAAUAACGGGUCCUGCAGGACCGAGAGGAGAAAAGGGAAGCAAUGGCGAGCCUGGGCCAAAAGGCAUGCCGGGACCACCUGGAAGGCCUGGAAAAUCGAUAUCUGCUCCACAAGUGAUGUUGUCGCCGGCAGAGCAGACACGAGAUGAGGGAGGAAAUACAGCAUUAUAUUGCACGGUCGCCGGAAAUCCUUCCCCAAUCGUGGAAUGGCAAUUUAAGGGCAGAAAGCUUCUGUCGGGUGCAAAGUAUUUGAUUAAAGAAGGAGAGCUGAUCGUGAGAAAUCUAAAUUAUAGCGAUGCUGGGACGUACACAUGUUCUGCCAGGAACAUUCUUGGAUUGUCCGAGGCCACUGGUAACUUGACUGUUCGAGGU